GUUUUUUUUUUUUUUUUGAAGCUCUAUUUUUUUGAAUAGAAAAAAGUUUUACAAAAUCUCGGGCGAAACGAUGACGCGGUUAAGAUCACGAGACGCGUCAGCAGCAGUCGGCGUCGCGUCGUUGUCGUUGGUGUCAGCAAUGUCCGUGUUGCUCCUAGCGACAUCUGUGUCAUCCCAGCAGCAGCAACAACAACAAUACGCGUCGUUACAUUCCACGGAGCAGUUUUCUUUCGAAGCCGCCCUGGACGAAAUCCAGAGACGACCGUCAUCAUCAUCGCCAUCGGGAAUUGCUGUCGGAGACGUCACCAGCAGCGAGGAAUUGGCUCUUCUUCAUCGCCACGAGAAUGAGGCACCCAGCAGCAGCAGAACCCGUGCUGCUGCUGUCGCCGGGUUGCAGGACCCCAGGGCGUACGCGUACCAGACGAGACCCGGGACCAGCAGGUUGCAGGCGCGAAAGGUCGGGGCCAGCAGCAGCAGACGGAGACAACCCGUGUCCGUGAGCGAGGUCCAUGAAAGGAGGAACCUUCACGUCGGACCGCAAUAUUAUUAUCCCAACCCUCCUGAACUUGCAAAUUCUUUCCCGCCAGCAUCAGCAAACCCGUACGAAUCAUUUUUCAAAGCCUCUGGAAGACCUUCGUCUCCUGAUGCCUGGGCUUCGUCUGAAAUCGACUUCUCACCUUUCGACCAGAACUCUGGAUCAGCUCUGGGUUACACUAUUGCGUGUACGGAUUUCCAUGGACGACAAGGCAGAUGCCUGCCAUUCUCCCAAUGCACCAGGUUCUCCAAGGAAAUUGGCACAUCUUCCGGCGAAGGUGCUUGUGACCUCGGCGAAGAGACCGUCGGUGUCUGUUGCCCAGUUGUCGACUACGAAUCCAAAAACCGAGGUCAAGAAGUGUUGCUGCAGACAAUUGACUUCAGCAAGGCCUCAGCCCCGGGUUUGUCUCAAUACGACGUGGACGAGGCGUGUUACUCGGGACUGGCAGUGUCUGACAAUUGGUCCUCAACUGAGAACAGGUUGUUGCAGGAGAAUGCCCAGUUGACACCAUUGACACCUGCUUACUAUCACCACGGCCUGGUUAGGGUUCUCACGCAAGCAGCAGUCAACAAUUCGAGGUCUGCCAUCGCCGGAAUGGCCACCACGUUGCGACUCAUCAAAGAAAAGAACCUGAACCCUGUGGAAAGUGGGUUCGCUUUGAAAGGCUAUACCUUGGAGGAAACCAUACUAGCACCGAAAUGUCCCUUGCCCCCGAGAUGCCGGAGAGAGUCCGAGUUUUACAGAACGAUUGAUGGGAGCUGCAACAACCCCGAGAACCCGACCUGGGGUCAAGCCAAAACCGGGACCCAACGUCUUCUGCCCCCUACAUACGAGGACGGAGUUUUUGCUCCAAGGAGUUUGUCAGUCACUGGUGAGCCUUUGCCCUCGCCCAGGGCUCUGAGUGCGUCCAUCGUCGGAGAUAUUGAUAGACCGCACCCAAUUUUCACGAACCUCGUUUCCGACUGGGGUCAAUUCAUUGACCACGACUUUGCCCGCGCCGGGAUGUUCAAGCUGGAUGCCAUGAAUAACACUGCUAUCAGAUGUUGCAACGAAGGUCAGUUCAUUGAUCCUUCGCCUCACCCGGCCUGUUUGCCGAUCGAAAUCCCGGACGACGAUCCGUUCUAUUCCCGAUUUGACCAAGUAUGCAUGGAAUUCGUUCGGUCUCUGCCAGCCUUCGAUUGUCGUCUCGGUUACGUCGACCAGAUGAACCAAGUGACGCAUUGGAUAGAUGCAUCUACGGUAUACGGAUCCGAGGAUGACGUGGCAGCAAAUUUACGACUGUUCAGCAACGGGCAAUUGGAAGUGCUGACCACUUUGGUAGCGAGGCCUUUGUUGCCCUUGCAGGACGCUGAUGGAGGUGGUUGCACGAAUGUUACUCAGAACCGACGUUGUUUUGAUGCUGGUGACAACCGAGUGAACCAGAACGUGAUGUUGGUGUUGUUCCACACGGUCCUGGUGCGAGAACACAACCGAGUUGCAGCGGAAUUGCAGACCAUCAACCCGCAAUGGAACGACGAGCUGUUGUUCCAGGAAGCCCGACGAAUCGUCAUCGGACAAGUGCAGCACAUCACGUACAACGAAUGGCUCAGGUUGUUGUUGGGUGAGAGGGCCUACGAGGCCUUUGGUCUGAACCCGCUGGAACAAGGGUUCUCCACCGACUACGACCCGAGCUUCAAUCCGUCCAUCAUGAACGAGUUCUCCACUGCUGGCUACAGACUGCAUUCCUUGCCCUCGGGCAACCUCAGACCUCUGGAACGCGGACAGAAGAGAAGCACUGGUCCAGGAUUAUUGUUGAGAGACCUUUUCUUCGAUCCCGUGAUCGCCUUUUCUCCAACUGACUCGGAAAACUUCAUCCGAGGUCUUGCAACUCAACCCGUGCAGCUGAUGGAUAAUCUGAUGUCCUUGACGAACCACUUGUUCGAGGGGAAUAACCCGUUCGGCCUUGACCUGGCAUCUCUGAACAUCCAGCGAGGUCGUGACCACGGGCUGCCGACCUAUAACUCCAUGCGUGAAGCCUGCGGGUUGCCGAGGGCCCGUAAUUUCAAGGACCUUGCAGACGUCAUUCCUGCUAAGGUUUUGGAUAAGAUGGAGAGGGUUUAUGCUCAUGUGGAUGACGUGGAUCUCUUUUUGGCUGGAAUUUCCGAACGACCUAUUGACCCUGACUCGUUUUUGGGUCCGACUUUCGCGUGCCUCGUGGCGGAUCAAUUCGCAAAGCUGAAACGAGGAGAUCGAUUCUUCUAUGAAUUUUCUGGCCAUCCUGCAGCAUUCACCAAAUCACAACUGGCUGAAAUCAGGAAGGCGAGUAUGGCGAGAUUAUUUUGCGACAACACCGAUGUCGGAGAAAUGCAGCCACUUGUGUUCAUUCAACCUUCAAGACUGAAUGCGAGGGAUUGA